ACUGCUUUAAGGAGAGGAGCCCAAUGCCUACGAGGAUUCUUUCUCGAACCUUACUGUACCGUCUCAUCCGUAAGACCUUCCUCGACAAUUUUCCUGCAAUCCAGGCCUAGGGUUUUUCCUUGCCCAUCUCUCUCUCUCUCUCUCUCCGUGGCUUAAACCCUCCUCUAUGGUCCCUCCAAACCCUUCCCAGUUCAAGCGAGGAUUCGUCUAACCCAUCUCAUCGCAAAUCCCCUUGUUUUCCUCUCGCUUCAAAUCCAGGUGUUCCGAGUUCUUUCUCAUCAAUUAUGAACAUCUCAUCCCCCUUACUCCGAUUCUCGAUCAUUCACAACCUCCGCGUCUACGGCCCCGGCUUGAAUCCCUUCGCACCCCACAACAUGGCCAAUCAUUCCUCCUUCGGUUCUCGCUAAUUCUUCUCUCCCCUCUGCUUUGAUUUUUCGUCAAGGUUUUAGCAUAAUCAUGUAAAAAAGACAACGGAGGGUCUUUAUUUGUCUUCUUCGAUCUUGUUUUUGCAACUUAAGGUCGCUGCGAUUGCCUAUUCGCGGGAAAGGUCAAUCUUCCUGGCUUCAUCAUUUUUAUUGUCGUCGAAAUUUUUAGGGUUUUUUGGGUAAUUAUUGUUUUGGAAUUUUAGUUCUUUGGUUGGGCGUAAUAAGAGGAAGGAAGUAUGACCCAAGAACAGUUGGGUUCGUACAAGCGGAGAUUGUUGAGAAAACGUUCGUUUAGGUCGGUUGGCGAUAGGGAUGAUAGAGGAUGGACUCUGCUUCAUAUUGGUGCUCGGAAAGGUGACCUCAGAGAGGUGAAGCGACUUCUUGAUGAAGGAAUGGAUGUGAAUGUUGCUGCAUGGGGUCCCAAAUCAAAAGGGGAGACUCCUCUCCAUCUUGCUGCAGAAGGUGGGCACCUUAGAGUUAUGGAUGAAUUGCUUGAGCGUGGUGCUAACAUUGAUGCACGUACCAAGGGUGCCUGUGGCUGGACUCCACUUCACAGUGCUGCCAAAGAACGGAGGAAGGAAGCUCUGAAAUUCUUGAUAGAGAAUGGUGCUUUUUUGGCAGCUGAUAUAAAUGAUUGCAGAUUUAACCCCCCGCUGCAUUACUGCCCUGGUCUUGAAUGGGCAUAUGAAGAGAUGAAGCGUCUCCAACUGGAGGACUUCUCAGCAGGCGAGACUUGUUCUUGUAGCUCUGAAAGCUGAUGAUUCUCUCUGGUCCUCGCCACUACUCCCACUAUAUGUAUGUUUGGGCUCGUGUGCGUUGCUUCUACAUAUUCAACAGUAGAAAUAAGAACUAUGUUCGGGCUCUUGUGUGCUUUGCUUCUACAUAUUCAACGGUCGAAAUAAGAACAUAUGCUACAUGUAUUGGUUCAUCGCCGCUCGAAGUCUCGCAUAGUCAUGUUCUGGAUGUUGUGGCGUGAGAAUUGUUUUUUUUUUGGUUUUGGGAACCUUUGUUAAUAUGUUUUAUGCCAAGUACUAAUAACUGUAAUUUGAAGUUGGUAUCCGCCAGUUUCAUUUUUCUGAAGCCUCCUUUUCUUUUUAAAA